GACGCAGAUUUCCUGAGCCCACCAGGCCUCCUGGUCGACGAUGACUUCUGCUUAAAGCUGGCCACAUUUCGCACGCUGGCCGAAGUCAUCCAGGCGACGGAGAGCCUACCAAGUGACGAUGAUUCCCUUCAGCAGUACGCUGGCUUCUCGGACAAUGGCUAUCAGAUUGUCCGACAAGUCGCCGCCAAUCUUUAUGGACAAUACGAGUACACAGGCUACGUGUGUGACAGCGCCCUGGCUCUUUGCUCCACCGCAUCUGAUGAUUAUGACAAAAUCUUCACCGACUUCGAAGCCAUGCGGCAGGACCCCACCAACGACGACCUCCGCGACCACGUCCAGCAGGAGGUGUCCGACCGGCUCAACGUCGUACAGAUUCUCUGCGACCAGACCAACAGCUGGAGCGCCAAUCUGAAUACCUACACCCAGCAGGCGGCCGACUGCCAGACUGCCGUGCAGCAGCUAGCUCUGCCAUUCCAGGGCUCCACGCUGCAGGACCAACUGACAGCCGAGGAUAUUGUUUUCCGCAACUUGUUUUCCGCGACCAGAAGGCAAUGA